CUUUCUUAUAUUCUAUCUUCCCAAACAUAAAACACUACAGAAAACUCACAGCACAAAACCCCCACUCACUGCUCUCCCACUCGUGAGAGCCACGGCGACAGCGAGUUAUUUCUGAGUAUUGUGGGUUGAUUGGGUCACAAAGGGUGCCCAUAAGUUUUUCUAUUUAAAGGAUUGACGAUGGAGAGUGAUGAGAUAAAGGGUGGAGACAAACUCAUAUUAAAAGGGUUGAAAUUCCAUGGCUUCCAUGGGGUGAAACCUGAAGAAAGGACUUUGGGUCAGAAAUUCUUAAUAGAUGUAGAUGCCUGGAUGGAUCUCAGGGCAGCUGGUAAAUCUGACCAGCUGUCAGACACUAUCAGCUAUACUGAAAUUUACAGAAUAGUGAAGGCAGUUGUUGAGGGACAACCUUAUAAUCUUCUGGAGUCGGUGGCUGAAGCAAUUGCUUCUACCACCCUGACAAAGCACCCCCGGAUAUCUGCUGUGCGCGUAAAAGUUGGGAAGCCUCAUGUUGCUGUUCAAGGUCCUCUGGACUAUUUAGGAGUAGAGAUUCUCAGACGCAGAAGUGCUGAUUUUCCAAACUAAAUUAUUAUUACCUAUUUGAGAUUUGGUACUAUUAUAUCUGUGUCGGCAAUUUGUAUGUUUCCAGUGGACAUUGUGUAAUUGAGUUUGAUGGAGCAGCUUUUGAAGCAUUUUUACAA